AUGGACUUGAUUUUCCCUCACCCGGACGUGGGUUACUGGGGCCCCAUCCUGGAGCCAGGCCUGGGGGAGGGGCUUGUCGGCGAGCACCUAAUGACCGGGUCUCUACCCAUGGGUAGUUACUUUGCUCAAAAUGCUUCAUACUCCCACAAGUACACAAGUGACAAUAUAGUCAGAUCCAUGUUCAUCGCCCGGGUGCUGGUGGGAAGCUACAUCGAAGGAUCCUCUCACUAUGUUCGGCCUCCUUCCAAAGAUGGUGGAAACACAAACUUCUACGACAGCUGUGUGGACGAUGUCACAAACCCCUCGAUAUUUGUUGUAUUUGAGAAGCACCAGAUCUAUCCCGAGUACCUGCUGCAGUACACAGAGCCAAUAAAUGAUGAAAUUGAUGAUGCAUCAUCAUCAGCACAGUAUGAACAACCAACAUCGAACCCCCCAUCAGAUCAAACCUAUUCAGAGUAUCCAGAGUAUGAAAACUUGCUGUGUUCCUCGGUACAAGCGGCGUUGUUUGAGGAGGAGGAGAGUGGCCGGAAGCUGCAGGAACGCCUGGCUGCGGCCGAGAGGAGGAACCGCCAACUGAAGGAGCGUGUUCGCAAGGUGAAGCGGUCCUUGAGAAAUGCUCGUAAGGCUACACGCAAGGCAGAGCAGGAGGCGCGGGAGCUGCAGGAAAAACUGAAGGCUGCGGAGAGGAGGUGUCGAACUGAACCUAAGAGAGUGGAAACCAUGGAUCCUGAGAUAUGCUUGCGCUUCAUUCAGGGCUACUGUAAGCACAGGGGUCAAUGUUUUUAUGCUCAUGACAAGAUGCCGUACAGAUGGCAGGUUCAGGUACAUGAUCAGUGGACCAACCUGCCUGAUAACGAGAGAAUUGAGAGGGACUACUGCGACCCAAACAACACUUACAGCAGUGGCAAAUCACGGAUUUCUUUUGAUCUAAUGAGAUGUGGACAAAGCAAAGUAAGGAGACUCUCAACUCCAAACUCUCGGAAAAAAACGGACUUCAUCCACGCCACAAAGUGGUGCUGGUACUGGGAGAAUGAAUUUGGAGAAUGGAAUCUGUACGGUACAAAUCAAAGACACAAACACAAACUAGCAGACAUUGACAGUAAAUAUGUGGAGAAGAAGUUUCUGAAAAAUAAAGAUGUGGUGAAGUUUACUGCUGGCAGUCAUUCAUAUUCACUCAGCUUCCAAGACAUGAUACAAACAAACAAGCAAUUUGGCACAAAAAGGUUAGUGAGAAGACGUCCUCAGUUCGUUUCUGUUGCAGAUGUCCAAGCAAAUACAGUGAGGUCACCAAAUACUACUACUGUGCAAGACAACUGGGACACAACACAGAUGCCUCAAACAGGAUUCUCGAGAAUUCCCCUUACGCACACAUCAAAUGAAUUUGAAAACAUUCAAGCUCUUUUUUGCAGAACUAUGAAAGGCUUUAAUAUAAUUAGUAUUGAGGGAAUAAAGAACAAAGCCCUUUGGAAAGUCUUCAAGUGGCAGAAGAAAUUAAUGAAGAAGAAUGGUGGAUGCAAUGUAACAGAAAAACUGCUUUUUCAUGGCACCGACUCCAACCAUGUGGACGCCAUCUGCCGUAACAACUUUGACUGGAGGAUCUGUGGAACUCAUGGAACAUGUUUUGGGAAAGGUAGUUACUUCGCUCGAGAUGCUUCAUACUCCCACAAGUACACGGGCGACACUCUAGUCAAAUCCAUGUUCAUCGCCCGGGUGCUGGUGGGAAGCUACAUCGAAGGAGCCGCUAGCUAUGUUCGACCUCCUUCCAAAGAUGGUGGAAACGCAACCUUCUACGACAGCUGUGUGGACAAUGUCACAAACCCCUCUAUAUUUGUUGUGUUUGAGAAGCACCAGAUUUAUCCUGAGUACCUGCUGCAGUACACAUAACUUAUUGAUGUCAACGGCAUUGUCAGCAUCUAUAACCAACAACCAAACCAAAGGAUGGUUAACACACCCUCAAACUGA